AAAAAAAAAAAAAAUCCACAGCCAGUUUUUUGUAGUCGAGGAGUCUAGGGCUUGGCGAAGCAAAACUUAUCAUGAAUCAGACACAACACUUUUACUCUUAACAUCAACACUUGGCUUUACGCUCAUACAAGUCUACAGGUUUCCUUUUGUAUCUGCUUUUUAUAUCUGCAUUGUGACGUAGGAAGUUAAUAAAAGGAUAUGUCUUCUGAUACUGCGAAAGAAAAUGCUUCUGUGGUUGAUUCAUCGGUGACUGAAAAACUUGAGAUUGGAAAUUCGGAUGAUCGAGAGAGCUCAAGCUACAAGGCUAAUGAGGACUAUCCGUCUCGGGCAGAAGAAGCAGAAGCAGGGCAUUCUAAUGGUCGAUUGGAAAAGUCCACUGAAAACAAAAAGGGUAAAUUGUAUGGUACAAGAUAUUUUAUCAUUAAGAGUUUGAAUCAUCAUAAUAUCCAACUAUCAAUCGAGAAAGGGAUAUGGGCUACUCAGGUCAUGAAUGAACCAAUUUUGGAAGAAGCCUUUCAUAAUUCUGUUAAAGUCAUUUUAAUAUUUAGUGUCAACAUGAGUGGUUUCUUCCAAGGGUAUGCCCAAAUGAUGUCUUCGGUUGGGUGGAGGCGAGACAGUGUCUGGAGUCGAGGAAGUGGUAAAAGUAAUCCUUGGGGGCGUAGUUUUAAGGUCAAAUGGCUGCAGUUAAAUGACUUGCCUUUCCAAAAGACUCUUCAUCUCAAGAAUCCAUUGAAUGAUUACAAACCUGUGAAAAUUAGCAGAGACUGCCAGGAGUUACCCCAAGAUAUCGGAGAAGCUCUUUGUGACCUUCUUGAUGGAAAGGGUGAUCUGGAUGGAAUGCUAACAAGUUUUCCAAGGGGUGAUCUUCCUGCUAAGAGGCCUUGUACUGAGCCUCCAUGUUCUUUGGGAGAUGAAGAGUAUCAUAUGCCUGCACUGCAAAUGACAUUGACCAGGACACCCAUGCCUUAUCCUUCCUUCCUCUACCAACAUCAAGCUGGAUCAAAUACAUUUCAGUUAGCUCACAGAUCUUCUGGGGAUGCUGAAGGUUUGCCUUUCCAUUCACCGUCGUCAAAAUUUUCAAGAAUGAAAUGUUCUCACCUAAAGGGGAAUCUUUCUAGUUUACAAGUGGACCAUGAUUUACCUUCUCAAUAUGAUUUAUGGGGUUUGUCUGCAGAGAGUCUUCUUGCCAGUACCUUAACUGAGGAUGAUUUUCUCGAAAUGUCAUACGAGGAAUACCUGGAAGUCCAUAGCAGAAGCAUCAAGCAGUUGUGCCAUCCUGUAGGUGGAGCAUCUUGGACAGUGCCGGUGCCUGAGUUGUCAAAUAAAAAGCAAGAUGAUGAUUCAAACCCAAGUUUUGUAACUCAGAAGCCUUACUCACGGAAGAGAACACAUCAUUCAUCCCAGAAAUGAUUGCAUUUCCACUGUGGGCAAUAUGUGAAUUUGCUUUGUUCUAAUCCCUGUGAUGUUGUACACAAUAUGUUGGAUCUAACGAG